AUGGAGCUGGCGGCGGGCAGCGGCACCCCCUUGGCUUCUGCUGCGAAGGAAACGGCUUCCUCUUGUUCCCUUUCUGAGACAUCUGAGGCAUGUGUUCUCCUUCCCGCGCAAGAGUUAAACAUCCAUCAGGACUGCCGCGGUGUCUCUUCCAUCGAUGACUCCGCAGGACGUACCGACUUGCUAGGUUCCUGGUUUUGGGUUGGCCACCCAACGAAACUGUGGACUGUCGCCCGUCUAGCAGAAAUCCACGCAAAGGACGGGAACGGCGAAAAAGCGCUGCAGAGCAACGCAGAUGCAACUUGCGUCGUCGAGUUUCAGGAUGGCGGCUUCGCCGAAAUGCGGUUGGCCGACUUGCGCGGCAGCGUCGACUCCCCCAGGCUCUUAAAGGGUGUGGACGACCUUUUAUCUCUCGGCGAGCUGACAGAGGCGUCCCUGCUGCACAGCAUUCGGACCCGCUUUUCGCGCUUCGACAUUUACACGGCAAUCGGCUCUCAUAUUUUGCUGUCCAUAAAUCCUUGUGGGCCUCUGCCUGCGCUCUUCGAUGAGGCCGCGAUGGAAGCAUGCCGGAAGGCUGCUGCCGCUCAAGAGGCCCUCGAAGCAGAAUCCUGCGGAGACAGUCCCCACGCUGAGGAGCCUACCGGGGCCUCGCCGGUGGGGUCCAAUGGCGCGGCGCCUGCGAGCCUGCGAGCGAGGACGAAACCCCACAUUUUCAUCACGGCGCAGCGUGCACACUCGCGACUCUUUCGAGAGGGCAAGUGCCAGUCCAUCAUCAUUUCUGGGGAGAGUGGGGCAGGGAAAACAGAGGGAACCAAGCUGAUUCUCCGGUACCUCGCCCACCUCAAACCCCUCACGAGCGGCGAACAAAGUGGAAGGAAAACCCAGCGCAUCUCCCUCGAAGAUCGGGUUUUGCGCACGAAUCCGGUUUUGGAGGCCUUUGGAAAUGCCAAAACAUGCCGAAACGAUAACUCGAGUCGCUUUGGGAAGUUCACGUUGAUUUACUUCGAACCGCGAACGCGACGCAUAUCGGCUGCGGGUCUCAACACGUAUCUUUUGGAGACAUGUCGCCUAGUGGCGCAUUCCAGGGACGAACGAAACUUCCACGUUUUCUACCAACUCGUGGAUGGUGCAAGGCAGUUUCUGUCCCCCGAGUUUCAGGCAGAGCUGCGGCUGUCUCCGUCCGCGUCCUCGUUCUCCUACCUCACCCCACAGGGGCCGCCCCGCACAGAAACAACUGUCUCCUGGGGCCGGGACGAGUUCCUCGGAGACGCCUGGGCUCUCGAAGACCCGGUGUCACAAGAAGAAAAUGCGGCGAACUUCCAAGAGCUCCUCGCGUGCUUCACACACCUUGGCUUCUCACAGGAAGAACGAGAAAAUGUUCUUCGCGUCCUGGCCGCCAUUCUUCACCUCGGAAACGUCCGCUUCGAGGAGAGACCUGGUGGAGUCGGCGCCAGGGUCCUGGAGGGCCAGCCGGAGCUCGAGGAGGGAGGAGAACGCGGCGAAGCAGAGACAGAAAAGAAAGAAGACGGGUCGGACGAGAGCCAGGUGGAAACCAUUGCGCGACUUCUAUCCAUCGACGCGGGAAGUCUCUACGAGCUGUUUCGAGUCCAAAAGUUCAUUGACCCUGUGACCAAACAAGAUCUGCAACUGCCUCGGACGGCCGAAAAGGCAGCGGAGAUUCGCGACACUUUGGCGAAGUACAUUUACAACCAUCUUUUUUCUUGGCUGGUGUGUCGACUGAACCUAGCAGUCGACCUUCCUGUCGAGGAGCUUUCUUCAGAGGAAGGCGCGCCUGCCCCCUCCUCGCUACUCUCGUUUCUCCCGCUGCGAGAGGCUGGGACAAACAGCCUAGACAAGAUAAGAAGACCUGCGCCGAUGACUGCGUUAUCUCUACUGAGUGGAAAGGAGAGAGACAGCCGACUCUUCAUCGGCCUUCUCGACAUCUACGGCUUCGAGGUCUUUGCGGCGAACUCGUUUGAGCAGCUCUGCAUCAACUACGCAAACGAGAAACUUCAACAGCACUUCAACCACCAUAUCUUCUCCCUCGAACAGGCUACCUAUGCCGCCGAAGGGAUUGCCUGGGAGCAGAUUCAGUUCACUGACAACAAAGGAGUGAUCGACGCUCUGGAGAGGAAAGUGACGGGGCUGUUUGCGGUGCUCGACUCGGAAAACAUCAUGCCGCGGGCGACAGAUCGUUCGUUUUUGCGCAAGCUCCUCGCGUCAAAAUCAACCGAGCAACCAAGCGUCCAGCCAGCAGAAAACAAGUUGAACGAAGCCACGCAUUUCCGCAUCGUCCACUACGCAGGCCCGGUGGAGUACAACGUUGAGGGGUUUCUCGAAAAGAAUCGGAGUUCGUUCAGCAGAGAAAUUGCAGACUUGGUAUCGACGUCGACCUCGGCGUGUCUUCAAGACCUCUGUUCGUUCCUCCAGCCUCGCGAGGAAGACGACCGCCGCCAGUUCUCCUCUCUGUCCACUCUGUCUUCGCGCUCGUUCUCGCGCUGUCUCUCCUCCGCUUACGACUCCACAGCCGGCGCCAACAGGCGGGUCACCAAGUCCAUCUCUGCGGUUUUCAAAGAACAGGUCCGCGGCUUGUUGGAGACAAUCGAGGAGACAGAUCCGUUCUACGUACGCUGCAUUAAACCCUCGGCAGAGAAGGGCAGAGGCCUGUUUGAGUCUGCAGAUGUUCUGCGGCAACUGCGGUGCGCUGGUGUAUUGGAGACAGUGCGAAUUCGGCGCGACGGCUACCCCGUCCGUCUGCCGUUUUCCGGAUUCCUCGGUCAGUUUUCUUGUCUCUCUGCAGAGGCGAUGGCGCCCGCCGUCGCCUCUGCCAGCGGCUUUGAUUGCGCUGGAGAGAGAAGCGGAGAAGAGAAGAAAAGAAACUCUCAAAUCUCUCAGAGCGACCGCGAAAUGUGUGUGACUCUUUUGGAGGCCUUGACCAGAAUGCUGGCAAAGGAGGGCGUCUUUGAUCAGCCGUUUGCGUGGCAAGUCGGAAAAACCAAGGUGUUUCUGAAGAAGCCGCUGAUGGACGCGCUCGACCGGGCUGCAGCGAAAUUUCGAUUUCGCGCAGCCACAUGCAUUUCCAAGCAUUUCCGAGGGUUCGUCGAGCGCCGCAGGUACCAGCAGGCGCGAGCAGCGAUCGUUCGCCUGCAGGCCCGCUGUCGAGGUGUGCUGCGGUUCCGGCGUUUGGUUCGCGAGUUUCGAGAGCGAAGAGAACGCGAAGCUCAGCAGAGACUCUUGCAGAGCGAGGCGUCAGUCUCCCAAGAGCGCGACGCCGGUCUGUCCGUCGCAUGCGACCCAGAAACGAAGUCCGCAGAGCCGGCAGAGCCGCGGGAAGCUGCCAAAGCAGAGGCUCGUGGGGUUGAUCAAGGACCUAGGGAAGAAACGGAAAAUGUUCUUUCUCAGGAGACAUUUGCUUCUGAUGCACUCCAUGAGGAAGCACAUGAGGCGGCGCCCACUCUCUUGAAGAGCCUCCCGCCCAGCGAAGAAGGAGAGGUGUCAGCGGCGAAGCGAAGAAGCCAAGGUGAGGAGAAAGACGAGACAACGCAGGCGGCGUCGAACCCGAGAGCAGAUGACGAACGGGUCGCCGGGCUCGAGGCGCGCUCCCUCGAUGCGGGAUCAAGAGAGGAAGAAGGAGACCCAAGACAACAAGAAGCGAGGGAGGACUCGAGUUCCAGAGAGGAGGACCAUCCGCGAAAGGGCAGAGAAGAGAGGGGCAAACGUCGCGCGAGACGACACCACAGAGCCUUGAGCGACGCUUCGUCUCGGUCUGAAGCUGUGGGCGACGUAUCGGCGCGGCCUCGCAGUUCGAGACAAAGCAGAGGUUCCAGUCGUUUCUGGCGGUCGGUCGUCAAAACGCUCCUCGCAGAAAAAGUCGAAAGGAACAACUCGUCUACGCGGACUCUCUCGACGAACGAGCAGCUCGCCGGCUUCGCCAGCGACAGCGCAUCGGAAGCUUCUUCGUCAGAGGACUUGGACGCCGUGUUCGACGAUGUCGUCGCCUUGCGGGAUCGUCUGGCAGCCGUCAAGAGGGCGGCGAAGAAGUCGACCUCGGAGGCGCGCGAGAGACGCUCAAGGAAGAGCCGUCCAGGAUCUCGGUUUUGCGCGACAGCGGAAGAGGCAAUGUACCGAGCCCUAUGCCACGAAAGAGCAACGCUAAUGCAAGAGUAUCUCAGAGCCUGCGAGGAGUUGCUGAGGUAUACGAAGACGCAGACUCGAAGUGCUGGCAGCCGCUCUCACUUUGGGCUUCCUGUCGAGACCGCGAGGACUGCGGAAGCUCCCCAAACUUCCCAAGAAACACCGUGCGAACUGGACCCCUCGGCACUCUGGGCGCGCGUUCUCCUCAAGCUCACACACCUCGAAACUUUGUCUUCUUGUUCUCUGCGUCUUCCCACGGCUUCACAUUCCUGCGAUCUUCCGGGCAGCGCAGACGAGACAGAAGAAACGCGCGUCCUUCUCUCUCUCGCCCUGAAUAAGCUUCUCCGGGGCUCUUUCGCUGGCAACGCUCUGAGUCAGAAGCUGGUUGCCGCGUAUGUGGCUUCUCUUCUGAAGGCGGGGAGGCGGCACACGGCAUUGGACGACGGAGACGAAGCUCGCGACUGUGCGAAAGAUGAGAAGACUGACGCGUUUGUAGAUUCGGCAGUACAGCGCCUCGAACUCAGUCCACCCGGAUCGAUGCAAAGGAGGCAAGAGUCGCGCAAAAGCGCCAGCCUCGCGGUGCGGAGUCAAGUCCCCUACCCCGAAGCCGCUUCUUCCGCGUGCUUCGGCUCCGCACCAGAUGCUGCCUCUGUCUAUACCGCCCACGAGCAGCCGAGUUUCGCAGACGUGACUCCCGACGUUUCUGCUUCGGUCUAUCCCAACGACAGACCUGGUUUCUGGACGCGACUCUUUCGUCGUCUUCGGACCUUGCCGCUGAUUGGCGCAGCCUACCAAAGCAGCGAAGAAACAGAUUCGAACACAGAAUCCAGCGAAGGCGAGGGAAGCGACGCAGAGAGCGAGAAGGAAGAUCGCGCGUUCAGAGAUUCGGUCGCCGGGCCAGAGAUGUCGAGAGGACGCGAGGGCCGAGCUGCACGGCCAAGGAGUGCAAACGACGUCGACCAGUCCGAACGUUCACCGUCAGCGGGGAGUUUCCGGAGUGUCUAUUCGCAUCCCCAGGCCGAGGGGAUGGAUAGAGUAACCCGAGCGGAGUUCGAUCAACUUCGCGGCCAGGUUGAGACUCUCCAGCAUGGCAUUGACCGAUGUUGUGGCCUUCUUGAAGAAAUCAAGGUCCACUUUUUCAGAACAAGCGAAAGGCUUCCGACGCUGUGCAAUCUGUCGACUAUGGGAACAAUGUCGUCGGCUUUCGACAGCGUCGGGAGGUUGAGCGAGACAGUGCUCGGUAAAUAUGAAGAGGGGCUCGAUUUAAACCCGUGUGUGGCACAGGGUGUGAGCCUGCCAAAGUGCGCGGCCGCGCACAUUCGUCCAGUGGGGUGA